CAUAAUUCGAAAGUGCCAAGUCAGCAUAUGGAAACCAUUCUUUUUGUGCAGACCGAGAAUGGUUUUUGUGCAGACCUAAUAUAGAGAGAGAGAGAGUAGCAGAGAUGAAUGCAAGGUCAUCAGAUCUACAGAUUGCUGUCACUCUAGCGUUGCUUAUUUUAAGUUGGUCAUGCCGAGGGGAAGCUUAUUUGACAAUAACCCCCACUGUGGCUUGUCCUGAUGACACUGUAUCCUUCACCUGCACUCUGCCUGGUAGCUUUAUACGAUGGGUAAUCCUUCCACUGCAAGGGGCCCUGUUCAGCAUAUCUUUAUUUUCUAACAAUGAUGAUGUCACAGACGGUAUUCCAGCAUUCCGUGGUGUUCGCAAUGACACGAGUGAAGAUAAUGUCACUGCCACUCUCAUUUCACUGUCCAAGGCCUCCAUUGUGGAGGGUUUUAUGGUGGAGUGUAUUGGGGCUAGCUCACGAGAAGGUCCUCUUCCCAUUACUGUUGCUGAUCCACCCUCCCCUCCCUUGAGUCCAAGAGUCUCCUUCACUCUAAACCAACCCAGCUACUCUAAUACUACCCUGGAGUGGGGCCCUCCCUCCUCUACUGGCAGUGUGUCUGUCAACUAUGUCGUUACUAUCUCCCCAACACCUUUCUCUGGGUCACCAGUCACCGUGGAGGCCAUCUCGGCACAGAUAACUGUCUCCUACAACACUCUCUACAAUGUGACUAUCAGAGCUGACAACUGUGCAGGAAUGAGCCAAGAGAGUUUAAUUAUGGAUCUAAUUGUGUGCCCCACACCGUCUACUGCUGCUGAUGUGACUAUCACCAACACACCUCCUGUCACUAUUGGUGGAUCUAUGCUCACCUUCACUUGCAGAGACAGUGAAGUGAUAACCUCAACCUGUGGCAGUAGUGGGUGGUCUCCUGACCCUGGGACCUUCGACUGCAGCAGUCCAGUUACAGAUCCCCAAGUCAGCUGUGGUUCUCCUGCUAUACCAUCUAGAGGUAGUUUGGACAUCAAUGGUGGGACACCACCCUUCUCACUGGGUUCAGAGAUAACUUAUCGCUGUGACGAUGGACUGUUCCCUCCUGAUGUGAGGACCAGCACAUGCACUGAUGUGGAGGGUAGGGGAGAGUGGGUGGAGAAUCCUAGGAGCUUGGUGUGCAGAGUGAGUCCAGUCAACUGCUCUCUUCCUGCUGAGCCAUCCAACGGAACUAUAGUGAACUAUGAGAGGUUGAAUGAGACAGUGUCUGAGGGAACAGUGCUGACUUACCAGUGUGACAAUGGAUUCUCAUUGACUAAACCCAACACCAUCACUUGCACUAAUGCUGGAGUCUGGAGUAUUGAGCCUGAGGCAAUCAUGUGUGUGCCACCAACUGAAGCUGCCACCCUAUCAACUGGUGCAACUCUUGCCAUCGGUGUUACUACUACUUUCGUUGCAUCUACUAUCCUUGGAUUUCUAGCUGGACUCCUAGUGAUGUAUUCGUUCACGCGUAAGAAGGCAGUGUACUACACAAGAAAAACAGCAUUAUCUGUUGUACAACCCACUAAACCAGUUGGUCCUGUUUAUGAAGAGGUGUCACCCAAAGAGGAGAUUGAACUGAACACUAACCAGGCGUAUGGACCAGUAGGACUGUGAAUUUUGUACUACUAACUUUUGUACUAACUAUCAUCAUGCAUACAAUUUAAGUUUUCUAGCCAGUAUUAUAAGUGUUUCAUCGAUCUGCUAUAGACUGCUAACCGUUUAAACAGUUACUUUAAUUAUAUAAUUAAAAACAAUAGCAAUUACAUAAUAAUGUUUUGUUAACAAAAAAUAUACACACAAUUAAGUCAUAAUAAUUAUUAUG